AUGUUCCAAGAAAAACGAGCUCCACCUAUUCUGAACAUUUUAUUAUCUAAACUUCGAAUUUAUUGUGUCUAUGCUCCAAAUGGAUGUGGACAAGUUCUUUCAUAUGAUGCUCUUGAAGGACAUGAACAAACAUGUCAGUAUGAACGAACACCAUGUCAGAUUUGUCAAAAACCUGUAUCACAUCGUGAUCAAAAUGACAAACAUGAACUUCGUCAAUGUUUCAAGGAAAUAUAUGAUAGAAAUCCGGAUUAUGUGCAAGUACAAUUUAUCAAGCUGUUGGAUGUUAUUGAAGCCAGUCAACGACGUAUCCAAGCACUGGAAAAAUCACUUGGUAUUCGACCACAAGAAAAUAAAUGA